UCAUUCACAUCAUUAUUUUGGAGGACGCUGAGCUGAUAACUAUGUGGCUGUUGUGCGCUUUCGGCUUGUUUCUGUUGACGACUAUUGAGUGUGGACCAGUGAAGAAAAAGGUCCACAUCCCAAGAGUGCCAUCGCCUGAAGAGCAAGCAGGUUUGGAUGAAGGGGACAUGGAUAUCCAGCCAACGUGGUCGUUCCGUAGUGCCAUAAAGGAGGAGAGAUACCGCUGGCCGAACGGAAUCGUCCCUUACGAGUUCAGUGAGAAAGCCCUUGCCACAUUCACUGAUGAACAGAAGCGUAAUCUUACCCUGGCGAUGGGGGAAUACCAUAAACACACUUGUAUCCGAUUUGUGCCGCACACGGAUGAGGCCAACUAUAUCAUCAUCUCAACUGGAAAGGGGUGUUCGUCCAAUGUUGGCAUGAUGAAGCGCUACACUUAUCCCGGGGAGACUCCCAAGCCGUUCGGCCAGCGCCUAUCCCUUGCUGAAGGCUGCUUUAACAAGGGCACCCUGAUGCACGAGAUGAUGCAUGGGCUUGGAUUCUAUCACGAACAGAGCCGCUGGGACAGGGAUGAUUAUGUCAUCAUCAAGCCCGAAUAUAUUGUACAAGGAAAGCUUCCGCAGUUCCGCAUCUACAAGGAAGAGCGGGCAUACAAGGAGCUGGGUGCCCCGUACGACUACAGCAGCAUCAUGCACUAUCCACCCAGCUCCUUCAGCCGUUACGAGGACGAGGCAACCAUCGUCCCGAUCAAACCCGGCGCCGAGAUCGGCCAGAGGAGAGGAUUCUCUGAUAUUGAUAUCUGGAAGAUCAAUCGACUUUAUAACUGCCCAGGAUCUCAAGGUGUUACACUACCACCAGAGGUCUACACUACCCCAGCAAAGCCAGGUGUGGAUGUCAAACCUUCCAUGCCCGGCCACUUGAUUGACUAUUUCUACUGCAACUUCGACUACCUUACCAGCUGUGGAAUGAGAGACACGUUCGACUCAGACUUCGACUGGAAGAGGGAGGACCGGCCUACCCUCUCAAAGGACACCGGGCCAGACACAGACAAGUCCGGGGACGGAUACUAUCUUUACGCCGAGACCACGAACAGGAAGCCAGGCGAGAAGGCCAUCGUCAUCAUGCCGUAUACGCAGCCAGUCAAACGGGGCUGCCUAAAGUUCUGGUACAACAUGAACGGGGAGACCAUGGGAAGGUUCCGCAUCUAUACCCGCGACUACCUUGGUCACGAGAAGGAGGUGUUCAGCUUGAGCGGCGAUCAGGGCAACCACUGGACACGAUCCAUCAAGUUUAUAUCCAAUGAUACACCAUUUGAGAUCGUGUUUGAAUAUGAAGUGACUGAUACCCUUGGUCUUGGAGACAUGGCAAUCGAUGAAGUGACCCUUUCCACCAGUCUCUCAGAAACCAUGUCUUGUGAGCGAUAUGGAGAGCUCUUUGAAUAAUCCGCUAUCACGAUUACACUGACUGGAUUUGGAGGCGACUAUUGGGUAGAUUGGGGGUGACUUUGAACUGUAGUCAGUCGGAAAGCACUUGGCAACCAUCGCCAAUUUUGAGGUCCUACAACGCUUCCUUACUGAGCCGCCUGCCAUGUGUGUGAUCGCUGCCGAGGUCAAGCUUAAUGGCAAAGGUCCAACCACAACUCAAAGGCACCCCAAUUUACGAAAACACUGUAAACAUUGUAAACACUGGUUGAAGGUGAAUUAUAGAAUUAUAGUAUUAUAGAAUAAACUUCGA